CACAUUCACACAGGGAGGAUUCUGGUGAUGCGCUCGCUGUUCAUUUCAGCACCACAAACCAGCUUCUGAGAGCAGAAAGAAGAUGCUUCUGAAGAUGUGAGAGUUUUGGAGCUUGAUUUGUAAAAGGCUCUUGUUUGACAUUUUCGCGUCUCCUUAUAUCACCGGUUACUAGUCACAUGGCAUGUACACCAGACAUUUUUGCCCCAUGAAAAAUUCCUGUGGUCACACUUUAAAUGGUCAGAAGGCACAACUUCAGUUUUGAAAUGGGCAUGGACGGUACCGUCCGUCUGCUGCCGCAUUAGUCCUCAGUCCCACCACCUGGAGUUUUUGGACCUUUAUUUCUUCACAUUGUCCCCAACGUACCAGUGGAUAUGGAUCUUGUACGCUUAAGUUGGAAUCAAUACCAGAUCCUCGUCUUCCUCUGCUACUGGUUGCCAGUCUCCCUCCAGCGAGUGGAGACACCACCUGUUGAGUAUGCCCACUCUAUCCGUCUAGAUGGCGACAUCAUCCUGGGUGGCCUGUUUCCGGUUCACUCCCGGGGUGAGCGUGGCAUUCCCUGCGGGGAGUUAAAGAAGGAGAAGGGUAUACAUAGACUGGAGGCAAUGCUUUUUGCCAUUGACCUCAUCAACAAAGACCCAGAGCUGCUGCCCAACGUGACGCUGGGGGCCCGUAUCCUGGACACCUGCUCGCGGGACACCUACGCCCUGGAGCAGUCGCUUACUUUUGUACAAGCUCUCAUUGAGCGUGACGGUUCGGAUGUACGCUGUGCCAAUGGAGACCAGCCCAUAUUUGCCAAGCCAGAUAAAAUCGUUGGAGUCAUUGGUGCGGCCGCCAGCUCUGUCUCCAUCAUGGUUGCCAACAUCUUGAGGCUUUUUAAGAUUCCUCAGAUCAGCUAUGCAUCCACAGCUCCAGAGCUGAGCGAUAACACCCGCUACGACUUUUUUUCCCGCGUCGUUCCGCCGGAUUCCUACCAGGCACAGGCCAUGCUGGAUAUUGUAACGGCGAUGGGCUGGAACUUUGUCUCCACGCUGGCUUCUGAAGGGAACUACGGGGAAAGCGGCGUGGAAGCAUUCGUGCAGAUCUCAAGAGAGAUGGGUGGCGUGUGUAUCGCACAGUCUCUGAAGAUCCCUCGGGAGCCGAGGCCUGGGGAAUUCGACAAGAUCAUCAGCCGCCUCCUGGAGACCUCGAGCGCCCGGGCCGUCAUCAUGUUCGCAAACGAGGACGAUAUCAGACGAGUACUGGAAGCUGCCAAGAGGAGCGACCAGACGGGUCACUUCCUGUGGGUGGGGUCUGACAGCUGGGGCUCCAAGAUCUCACCGGUCAUUCAGCAGGAGAGAGUGGCAGAAGGAGCCAUUACCAUCCUGCCCAAACGUGCCACGGUGGAGGCGUUCGAUCGCUACUUCCGGAGCCGCUCGCUCUCCAACAACAGAAGAAAUGUGUGGUUCGCUGAGUUCUGGGAGGAGAACUUUGGAUGCAAGCUGGGGAUGCAUGGCAAGCGGCCAGGAAGCCUUAAAAAGUGCACUGGUCUGGAGAAGGUGGGCAGUGACUCCAGUUACGAGCAGGAGGGGAAGGUGCAGUUUGUGAUGGAUGCGGUUUAUGCCAUGGCACACGCGCUUCACCGCAUGCACAGGGACUACUGCUUCGGGUACCCCGGCCUCUGCCCCCGCAUGAGCAAUAUCAACGGAAAGGAGCUGCUGGGAUACAUCCGGAACGUUAAUUUCAAUGGAAGUGCAGGCACUCCGGUGGUCUUCAAUCAGAAUGGAGAUGCGCCAGGGCGAUACGACAUCUUCCAGUAUCAGAUUACCAACAAAUCGACAGCUGAGUACAAAGUGAUCGGCCAGUGGACAAACAAACUGCAUCUUAAUGUGGAUGCCAUGCGCUGGCAUACAGGCAACUCUAAGCUUCCAAUCUCAGUGUGUAGUUUACCUUGCCGGAUGGGCGAAAGGAAGAAGACCGUAAAGGGUGUACCUUGUUGCUGGCAUUGUGAGCGAUGCGAAGGCUACCAUUUCCAAGCCAGUGAAGUCAGUUGUGAGUUGUGUCCAUACGAGCAGCGUCCAGACCGUAAUCGCACCGGUUGCGUCCCCAUUCCGAUCAUCAAACUCGAAUGGCACUCUGCUUGGGCAGGCAUACCAGUGUUCGUUGCAGUUCUUGGAAUCGUGGCUACAAGUUUUGUGGUGGUCACUUUCGUCCGCUACAAUGACACACCAAUUGUCCGCGCAUCCGGCCGAGAGAUGAGCUACGUGCUUCUGACUGGGAUUUUUUUGUGCUAUGCCAUCACCUUCUUGAUGAUCGCAACACCAAGUUUGGCCAUUUGCUCUUUCCGAAGAGUGUUCCUGGGUUUGGGCAUGUGCUUCAGCUAUGCCGCUCUCCUAACAAAGACCAACCGCAUCCACCGCAUCUUUGAGCAAGGCAAAAAGUCAGUAGCUGCACCACGCUUCAUCAGCCCUGCUUCUCAGCUGGUCAUCACCUUCAGCCUCAUCUCGGUCCAGCUGCUCGGUGUGUUCGUGUGGUUUGCCGUUGAUCCGCCGCACACAUUGGUGGACUACGGCGAGCAGCGUACAUCCAACCCAGAAAAGGCUCGUGGGGUUCUCAAGUGUGACAUCUCAGACCUGUCACUCAUCUGUUCGCUGGGUUACAGCAUCCUUUUGAUGGUAACAUGCACUGUUUAUGCCAUCAAGACCCGCGGCGUGCCAGAGACCUUCAACGAAGCCAAGCCAAUUGGAUUUACAAUGUACACUACCUGCAUCAUUUGGUUAGCUUUUAUACCUAUCUUCUUUGGCACGGCACAAUCGGCAGAAAGGAUGUACAUCCAGACCACCACCCUCACCAUCUCUCUCAGCCUCAGCGCGUCUGUGUCUCUGGGGAUGCUCUUCAUGCCCAAAGUCUACAUCAUCAUCUUCCACCCGGAGCAGAACGUGCCCAAACGCAAGCGCAGCUUCAAAGCCAUCGUCACUGCUGCCACCAUGUCAGGGAAACUCGUACAGAAGGGAAGCGACCGGCCCAACGGGGAAGUGAAGACCGAGCUUUGUGAGAGCAUGGAGACCAACACAUCUUCCACCAAGACGACAUACGUCAGCUACAGCAAUCAUGCCAUCUGAAGAGAAACACUCUGUGGGCGGAGCCAAGGCCGUGUCUGAAGCAGGAUGUCUGUUAUGUGACAUGUGCUGACAGGCAAAUGGACCUGGAACGGGCAUCUGAGCAUGAGAUUUUUAUAUCAUUCUGCAUCAAUCUAAACCCUGCAGCAUCCUGGAAGACAAACAGACUUAUGGGACCUUCCAGUGAGACUGCUAUCCUGCGUUCAAGAGCUACCGAUCCUGCCAUGAACACACGUGAACACGCACACACUCACAGAACUGAAGGUGCAGGCUUGCAGUCAUACAAAAAAAUAAAUAACUUUCCACAAAUAAUCAUGUAAACAUUCUGCAGAUGGAGACGUUCACGGUAAAAUUUGGAAAUGUGGAUGUAAAAAAAAAAAAAAAGAGUCAAACUAUGUUUGUUGUUAUUGUAUUUUUGUGGUCGUGCAGAUUUUUUCAUUCUUGUCCCACUUUGUCAGAAACCUGCAUUCUGAGAUGACGUGUCUUGUAUUGGCUGACUGAACCGUAACCGCGGGGUUGUGAAGCUGUAAAAUGCCAUGGUUGAAGCAUGCUAGUUUUUUAUACCAAAAAAAAUGAAGAAGAUUUAUUUAUAAUAAAGGAAUGUUUUGCAAAUGUGUAGCGUUGUUAGAUGUGUAUUUGACCGUGAGAUUUGUUUUUCAUUUUGUCAUCGCUCUCAUUCAGUCGCCACAAGAGGCCAAAAGUCUAACUCUAUUCUGCAGCUUUGUAUCCUAUAUAAACCCAGUUAGUUUGGGAAUUUGUAAGGUACAUAAUGGGCUCUAUCACCACAGAAAAAUAUAUUUUAUGUUUACAGUGUUUUUAAAUUAAAGUCUCUUGAGCAAGGCAUUGCAGAGGG